CUGGAAUUACCGGGAAUGAUUCCCGGCUCCUCCUCCCCCGGCCGGAUCCGCCCGGAUCUCAUCCCUGACAAUUCCCGAUUUCCCAAGGGUAAAUCGGAGCGAGGCUCCUUCUCCUCCUACGGCCGCGAUUCCAAUCUCCAGGGCUGCCACCAGCAGAGCCUGCUGGCCGGGGAGAUGGAUCUGGGCACGGCCGGGGCGCUGUCCCCCAGCAAAGCCGGAUCCCAGUUCUACCAGUACGGAACCAGCGCCCGCCGGAGACCCCUGCACGCCUCCUCCGUGGAAGUUCAGACAAAGAAAGUCCGGAAGGUUCCUCCGGGUUUGCCGUCCUCCGUUUACGCUCCGUCCGCCAGCACCGCCGAUUAUAACCGGGAUUCUCCGGGCUAUCCGUCCUCCAAACCGGCAUCCAGCACUUUUCCCAGCUCCUUCUUCAUGCAAGAUGGGCACCACGGCAGCGACCCCUGGAGCUCUUCCAGCGGGAUGAGCCAAGGCGGAUACGGCGGAAUGUUGGGAAACUCUUCCCACAUUUCCCAGUCCGGCAGCUACUGCAGCCUGCACCCCCACGAGCGCCUGAGCUACCCCUCGCACUCCUCGGCCGAGCUGGGCUCUGCUCUGCCCCCGAUGUCGUCGUUCCACCGCGGCUCCGGAAACUUCGGAGCCUCCUCCUGCACCCCCCCGGCCAACGGCUCCGAGCCCGGCAUGGCCAAUCGAGGCAGCGGAGCCGCCGGAAGUUCUCAGACCGGAGACGCGCUGGGAAAAGCUCUCGCCUCCAUUUAUUCUCCAGAGCACACCAACACCAGCUUUUCAUCCAAUCCUUCGACUCCGGUCGCGUCUCCCCCUUCUCUGGCAGGAGCGGCCGUUUGGUCGAGGAAUGGAGCUCCUUCGGCUUCAUCGCCCAAUUAUGAGGGGCCCUUGCACUCCUUGCAGAGCCGGAUCGAGGAUCGCCUGGAGCGCCUGGACGACGCCAUCCACGUCCUCCGGAAUCACGCGGUGGGAGCCGCGCCCGGAAUGGCCGGAGCGCACGGAGACGUCCACGGAAUCAUCGGAGCCGCACACAACGGAGCCAUGGCCGGGCUCGCCUCCGGAUACGGAGGAGGAUUGCUGGGAAGCCGGCACGCGCUGAUGGUCGGAGCUCACCGGGAGGACGGCGUCGGCCUCCGCGGGAGCCACUCGCUGGUGCCCGGCCAGGUGCCGGUGCCGACGCUUCCAGUGCAAUCGGCGACGUCCCCGGAGCUGACUCCGGCCCAGGAUCCCUACCGGGGAAUUCCCACGGCUCUCCAAGGUCAGAGCGUCUCCUCUGGCAGCUCCGAGAUCAAAUCCGACGACGAAGCCGACGAGAACCUGCAGGAUCCGAAGGUUUCCGAGGAGAAGAAGCUGGAAGAGGAUAAGAAGGAGAUCAAAUCCAUAACUAGGUCAAGAUCUAGCAAUAACGAUGAUGAAGAUCUGACCCCGGAGCAGAAGGCGGAGCGGGAGAAGGAACGGCGCAUGGCCAACAAUGCGCGGGAGCGGCUGCGCGUGCGCGACAUCAACGAGGCCUUCAAGGAGCUGGGCAGGAUGGUGCAGCUCCACCUCAAGAGCGACAAACCCCAGACCAAGCUCCUCAUCCUCCACCAGGCCGUGGCCGUCAUCCUCAGCCUGGAGCAGCAGGUCCGAGAACGGAACCUGAAUCCGAAGGCGGCGUGCCUGAAGCGGCGGGAAGAGGAGAAGGUGUCCUCGGAGCCUCCCCCGCUGUCGCUGGCAGGACCCCACGGUGGGAUGGGCGACGCCUCCAAUCACAUGGGACAGAUGUGACCAGAUCCGAGGCGCCGGAAUGAAAUCUCCAUCCCGCUCCUUCCGUAUUUUCCCGAUCCCACAAAAACCCCUUUUGUUUUUUGUAAGAUACCGACAAGUCUGAGUAAUUCCACAAUCCCAGACGCGUGAGAUUCCAGCAUUCCCGAGGAAAAAUCCCGGAAAAAAAAAAGCGCCGGAAAAAAAACGAAACGAAACAAAAAAACUUUGGAAAUUCCGAGCGGAGAGACUGGACCGGCAAAUUUUUUUUUUUCCGCACUGUGGGACGACUUUGUGCCUAAAAAAUUCCUGAAUUUUGGGGUUUUUGGAACAAAAAGAAAAAAGGAAAAAAAUCCUUAAAAAAAAAAAAAUUCCAUAAAAAAAAUUCCUUAAAAAAAAUUCCUU